AUGCCGUCGGUUGAAUCUCUUGCUGCUUCCAAGAGAAAGGAUUCUGUAUAUCCGUAUCCAUUGGAACGUGGCUUAAAGCACAACGAAUCUGCUGUUCAGCUACGCAAGAUGAUGGUCGACGCGCACCUUGACCCAAACACCAUCGUCCAGCAUCCCAUUGCAUGGGACGGAUUGACGGCACGGCUCGUUGAGGAGGCCAACUUUCCCAUGGUCUUUCUCGGUGGCUAUGCUGUGAGUGCAUCUCAUGGUCUGGCAGAUGCUGGUCAUCUCGGCUUCGCUGAGAUGGUCAAUAGAUGUGUCGAGGUUUGCCGUGUUGUCAAUGUGCCAGUGAUGGUCGAUGGGGACACUGGUUACGGGAAUGAAGUCAAUGUUUGGCGUACUGUACAAGGGUAUGCUCGAGCAGGAGCUGCAGGUAUCAUGAUUGAAGAUCAACUCAGCCCGAAGCGUUGCGGUCAUACAAAGGAUAAGCAAGUGGUAGGAUUUGACGAGGCAGUCUCGAGAAUCCGCGCCGCUGUGGCAGCCCGCAAUGAAGGCACGGACAUCUUCAUCCUAGCACGCACUGACGCCCAUAUCAUCUCUUACGAAGAAGCUAUCGGGCGGGCGAAAGCUUUCUUUGCCGAAGGGGCUGAUGCGGUGGCUAUAGAAGCUGUCACGACUGUCGAGGAAAUGAGACAAUCUCGAUUGGACUUGGGCCCCAAUGUUCCCUCGUUCAUUAAUGUCAUAGAGGGUGGAAAGACGCCCGCCCUGUCAUAUAAUGAGCUUGCGUCCAUGGGGUAUUGCAGUGUUGCCUAUCCUCUGACAAUGCUCGCGGCCGGCAUCAAGGCUAUGAGAGCAUCUCUUGAUGGCCUACACCGCAAAGACAGAGGCCCCCAGAUGAACAUGGAUUUUCAAGACGUUUGUACCGCUGUGGGCUUCCAGCAAUACUGGGAUUUGGCGGACAAAUAUGUUAAAUAG